AUUGUCAAGGAAGGGAAUCCAUUCCAACAGUUUUGGGAUGAGCUUGGUGUUGACUUUGAUGGUUAUAUGUCACAUCAUCUUAGUUUUGAUGUAGAAGAUCCCUACACCAAGAAGGAAUGGGAACUAGAGUUCCCACCCUCAUCUUUUCCAGUAUUGGCACUAAGAGGAGCCCCAGCUAGGUUCCCAGUGAAUGAGGACCACAGACACAUACAGAGGUAUCUAAAAUGGUCUCCCCUCUUACUGAAACAAGCGAGAAAGCUGAUCAGUGAACUUCUGCCAAAGGGACCAUUUGUUGGUAUUCAUCUUCGUAAUGGAUUAGACUGGGAGAAUGCUUGUAUGCAUGUAGAAGGGCUGCCUAACUUCAUGGCAUCCCCACAGUGUCUUGGCUACUCCCAAUAUCGCAAACUUAACAAAGAGAUUUGCUUUCCUUCGAAAGUAGAAAUGUUGAACCGAACUAAGGCAACGGUAGAGAGGAUCAAAGCUAGUGCUGUGUAUGUUGCUACGGAUAAUGAACCAAUGCUCUCAGAUUUGAAAGCCACUCUUUUGGAGUAUAAGACGCACGUCGUUCAUGCGAAUCCUCCACUUCCUCAGAUAGAUCUAAUUAUCCUUGCCAAAUCAGACUUCUUUAUUGGGAACUGCGUUUCGUCGUUUACCGCACACGUUAAGCGUGAAAGAGACGUUAAUGGUUUGCCUUCUUCAUUCUGGGGUUAUACUGAAAAAUAGCAGCAGCAACAGCAACAUCAUCACUAGCAGCAACAGCAACAUCUUCACUAGCAGCAACAGCAACAUCUUCACUAGCAGCAACAGCAACAACAACAAUACACCAACACAACCAACACCACCAACACUGAGCAACAACAGCAAGUGACAACAACGAACCAAACAAACUACAGCAAGAAAUAAAUAGGAACUAGCAAGAAAGGUGGCACACCUCCGAAGCACACUAUAUAGAAUUCGUUUUCAUUUAAAAACGCAGCAAAAAUCACUAGCACAUGGUAGAAAAGUAGGGGGAAAAUUAGACAAGAAUAAAAAUAUUAAAUUAGUAAUUAGAAUUUGUCAAAAAAGGAAAGCGAAGCAGAUUCGAAAUAAACGUAUUCAAAAAGGUCAUAUUA